GUCCUGACUGGGGGACAGAGGGGGCCGUGGCCCUCCUGUUUUCAAAAUUUGACGGAUUUUCGAAAAAUUCACUGUUAUGUCGGAAAAUUCUCAAACAUGAGCUGUGGUUAAAAAGAAGAAGUGAAACGAACCUUUUACAGUUUUAGCGACAUAAAUUACAUGUUUGAAUAAAGAAAAGGUCACAAUAGCAGUCUGCUCGACGGACUCCAAGGUAUUCUCGCGGCGAAAAAUCGAUGAAAAUGUCGCAAAUAAGAAACACCGCAAUGCGAGGAGAAUGAACAACAACAAAUACACGUAAAUCAGUGAAGGCUAAUAUUUCGCCCCGGCAUCCGGGGGCCUACGGGACUUCAUCAUCUGGAGCAACAGUGAAGGUAUAAAUUACUUGGACCAAAGUGCUUGCAGUAUUGUCGAGGGACGAUUCACUUUUGUAAAGAAAACACAAGAUUUCUGCAAAAACAAAAUGAUUUCUCAGGAAUUACCGAUCUCUACCAUAGAGUGAUUGCUGCUCGAAUUUUGUCAUUUAAAAUCCGAAUCUUCAAGCGCCAAAUUUGGUUAUGGAAAAUGGUCAUUAUUGGUCAUAAAUUAUAUUCUUAUUGAAUAUUGAAGACCGGGACAGUGCUAAUUUUGUGCCUAUCACUAGAUUUAAUUGAAGAUUUUGUCCCAGAUUUGAAAAAUCACGCAGUUAUGUUGCAUAAAGCAAACAUUGAAAAUAAGAACAAGGAAGCCGAUCAAUACCAUCGCUUUCCGCCAAUGGAUAUUCAUUAUAAGGCCCUGUUCACACGGUACCGGAUUCAUUUCGUAUCGGAUUCACUCCUGUUCUCGUGAGGGAAAAAGCCAGAAUAGUCGUGCAUUUAAUGAAGAAAGCAUAAAAAUUGGCAUACCUAUAGAUUUUGAAAUGCUGAAAAUAAUGAGAUCGGGAUCCCAACUGUAAAAUACCCCAAAGUGCUUCUUUAGCCAAUGGCGCUCGGACCCAGUCCUCUGCAACAAAUUCUACCAAUUUUUAAUCAUUCUUCUAUAUCAAAAGCAUAUAAAGUUGCAGAAGUGUAUAAUCAGGCAUCUAAACAAAAUAAUAUUGAUAUCUAAAAAAUAAAUUCUAUUUUCAGAUGGGAUUUUUGGUCCCAAACCUCCAAGAAAGGUGAUGAUUAUUUCCCUGUGGUACUCGGCAGCAAAAUAUGAAAAUUACUAAUAUUAUAGAGAUAAAGCUCCUCAUAGCGAUAAAAAUAAUUGCAUCUUUUAAAUUGCCCCACAACCUAUUUUUAGAAAAGGGGUACUUGGAUCCAGACCUCUACAAACGUUUCAAUUUUUCGUCAAGCACGCAAAUUUCAUUGUCCCAGAGGAGUUUUAUUCAAAUCAUUAAUUCGCCGUUUUCCUUAUUCGCUCGGAGCGCAAUGCAUUCUGGUACUUAUAGUUAACAACAACACGGCAAUCGGUGCGCUCUUCAAAUCAUUGCAAAUAUCGCUCAAUCGCACUCAGGGCCGUCACCAGCGGGGGGUUCGGGGGGUGCGGCACCCCCCUAAAAAAUUCUUGUCGGCAAAUUUUUUAAAAGUAGAGUUUUGUCGGGUUUUACUUUCGAAGUUCUCAAUGCGAUAGUUUUAGCAAAAUGUUUGGAUAAGAUGAGGAUAAGACCGAAAAAGUAUCACCCAAAAACCCUCAGCAAUUCAAAAUAGGUAUAGAUGGCGCUAUGGGUGUCACGGAGGGGCAAAUGUCCAGCAAAAAUUUCAAAUGACUCCCUGUCGGCAGCCUGAGUCUAGAAUCUAAUGUCCAAUAUCCAGGGCGACCUAAUUUCUACCUAAUGUUUGGGGACAAAGUUUAUUGAAAAUCUCUGAACAUUGAUCCUGGAGGUACAGAAAGCGACUGUAAGCAGGGCUGCCGAGGGGAGCAAGGGGGCAAAGUGCCUCAGGGCCUUGCGGUCGAGGGGGCCUCAAGUAGUAAUGAACUCCAUUUUAAGAAUGAAAUCAAUGAAACGUAGAAGAAGUAUGCCUAAAAAUAGUUAAGACAAUCUUAUCAAACCGAAAAGUGUUCUUAUCAAAAACAUUUUAAGACAAUCUAAAGGGCGUGGUCACAAAAAAAAUCUGCUCGCUCCGCUCGCAGGGGCCUCGUCUUUCGGCUUUCCUUCAAGGCCUUUCAAACCUCUUGGCGGUCCUAUUAGUAAGAUCUACUCAUAUAAAACUAAGUACCCACAGUCAUUCGAAAACUGAAGUGAUGAUUGACAAACGAGAACAUACUCUUUGAUAAACAAAAUCAAUUGCGUCAAAAUACCACACCCAAAAAUUGAAAUGCCUUAGGCCACGCCCCAUUUUGUCGGCAAAUUUGUGACUGGCACCCCCCUUAGUGAAAGUGAUUAGCGACGGCCCUGAUCGCACUGUACGGCUAUUUACAAUUUAAAAGAUGGAUAACCUUUCAGUUACCCAAGAAACAAAUACAGAUACUUCUUCAAACAAUCGCCCUAGUUUUUUUCAAAACUCUAGCCCGGGGCAACUCGCUGUAUUACAGCAAGAAGAAGUACCAGAAGCUACCAGCAAAAUGGCGGUACGGAGUGACGUUACCUUCGAUGAUAACUUCAUUGAUCUCAGAGAUGGAAGCUGGACCGUUGAUUUUAAAUGUAUGCCUAGAUUUACGGAAAGCCGUUUGAAUGAGAAACUUAUUGAUAACGCAAUGAACAUGCCUGAUCAUAUUGCACCGAAUGCCUACAGAAACAAGCUCCAAGGCUACAAGUUGUGGAAAGAGGGGUACUUGAGCAAAGUGAGGGUCAAACCAGAUGUUGAAUAUGGUUGCGUUACAUUGUUUUUGAUAAAAACAUUUGUUUCUGCUUCAAUGAAGAGCAUUAAAUACAUAGUUUAUGCACAUUUAGACCAAUCCACAGGAACAGUAGUUAAAGCAAAAUGCAACUGUAAAGCUGGACAAGGUGGUUGUUGUAAACAUGUUGCUGCCCUCCUGUAUUCUCUUCUGGACUUUUCGAAUUUGGGCCUGCCUUGCGUUCCAGAGGAUUUGACCUGCACUCAGGUACUUCAAAAAUGGUGUGAACCUGGAAGAAAACUUAAUUCAACUGUUGCUGUCAAAUUUGCAGACUUGAGCUUUGAGAAAGCUUGCGAAAUAGACAAGUCUUGCAAGCGUAAAAGGCCAGCAGUUUCAGGUAGCCGAACAGAUUUUUGUGCAACCCCUCCGUUUGCAAAGGUUGUUACCAGUAGUAAAAUUCAAAAUUUGUAUGAAUCUUUAGAGAAGGCUGGGAAAGCCAACUUACUAGCUCAAACCCUGAAAGGCAAUGAGUUUAAACCUUGUGACAUUUUUUAACACUCUGGAAAGCCAGCACAAGAAUUAGCACCAUCCAGCAAUUAUUUGGAAAUGUCAUAUGAUAUUUUCAAAAACAUGCAUGCAAAGAUGGAUUCUGGUUAUUUUGCCAAGACCACUUCAGCCAGUAUAGCCCAUAAUGUUGAAGUCACUUUACAAGAUACUAAAGUGAUUGAAAACGAAACAAGAAAAUAGGCAAGCAGCCACCGCUGGUUCUUAGAAAGGUCAAAGCGAGUGACAACAUCCCUUUUUGGCAGAAUCUUAAGAAGAAGGGAAAAUGUGUUUCCAAAAUCUAUUCUUGAUCAAAUAGCUAAAAGGAGGGAUGGAACUGGGCCAAAUACAGCAGGGUUACAAUGGGGCAUUGAAAAGGAAAAGGUAGCUUUAGAAAGGUACAAAACAGAAUUCUGCCACCAAGGUAAUGUUGUUGAGUGGGGUCUGAUGAUCAACCCAAAAUGACCAUGGCUUGGUGCAAGCCUUGAUGGGUUGAUAAUUCAAGAUGGGAUGCUAUAUGGCUAUCUUCUGGGUGCAAAUUGUGUCAAAAAGCUUUCUUAGCAUGGGGUAUUAGUGCAGAGUCCGCGAAAGGCUUCCAAAAUGCAUCUGUGCCAACAUUCUUAAGAAUGUGCGAGUAUAGAAAUGUGCAAACCUAUGCUCCCAUUUUCUUUCUAAAAUAAGUUAUUUGCACCUAGUCGGUUGAAAAUGCCUGCAGGUACUUGCUAGAAAAUGCUUAAAAUAUUAUCUAAUGUCAGUGAGUAAUUUCGAAUUGUCACACAAAAUCGACAUCCUGGCUUCUUCGAAGCACUGCCCAUUGCACAUGCACAAUUCCGUACAUUCCAAACCAAACUGUCUGCAUUUACAUCUUGUCGAACAUUUCUGCUUACAUCCACAUUUGAUAAGCUUCUGACAUGCCUUUGAGGCUUCUGUGACAAUCAUCCAUAACGAUGACACAUUUUCAAUCGUCGUAUUCCAACUCCAUGCUGUAAUCGGAGGUAGGUGCUCCGUCCGAGGCGGCACCAUGGUUGCCGCCGAAGGGGAAGAACUUUGAAUUUUAAUGCUUCCAGUUUGCUGGAAAAUGCACUUUUUGAAGCACUUUUUCAAUAACGCAAGCUUUCUCUUUAAUAAAUAUCCACAGGCUGAAAGCUAUUUGAUGGUUUUAAUCGAUUUUCCGGUCUUUUAGCUUAUGCAACACAAUUUUCUUCAGAUUUGGACUUAAUCUCUCCGCUUUUCCUUACUAGCAUUUCUUUUCAUGAAAGUUUAUCAUAACCUUUUGCACCCUCUCAAUAUUUUUAUGAAAUGGCGCCUUAUCUGAACUUCUACCUCCAAGCCAAAAAAUUUUUGACGGGCAACUUAAAAACACUCCCACACCCUACCUCGGUACGCCCAUGGUAUCUACUUUGUGUAAAAAUCAUUUAGAUUUAGCGUGGGAUCUUGAGAUGGUGUUUGAGGAUCGUUGCUCUGUACAUCAAAGUGAGUAAGGAAAAAGAAGUGGUAUGUUGCAAGGUGAUUCUUGUUCUCUUCGAAGCGAUUUAUCGUGGAUUUUAUAGUGUCUGUCUUUAGUAUUGUUGUAUUCUUUUAUGUAAAUUGCCCUAGUUCGGUGGCCAUUAUAACAUGAAAAAUUCAUUUUAGCGCCCAUGAUAUUUGAUCGGCAGGGGGGCAAUUGCCCCCCUUGCCCCCCCUGCCAGCUCGCCACUGCGUAGGUGGGGCUUAAGGCUAAUCUCCAUUGGGCGAAAUUUUUUCGCUUUUGCGCUGACGAAAGACGAAAACUACAUGGCGCACAUUCUCCAGCUCACAAUAGCUUUGCGUGCCAAAAAGAAAGCAAAUACUUGCGUGACAAGCAUUUCAAGAUGUCGGAUGAGAAUACAAAUCUUCUGAUUUUGCUUUGUUUAUUCAAGCGUAAGAAACAAAGAAGCCAAAAGCAAAUCAAAGGUUUUGGGUACAUAAAUUCUACCAACAGAAAUCUGGUUAUAGAUCUAUAAUUAUAUGACCGCCAGCUAUUUUGCAAAAUGAAAUAAACUGAUUUAAUUGUACUUCAAAGCAGCAAUCAUUUUUUUUCAUCUUCAUUUCAUUUCAAAAAUCUUUAUACAGGAAUUCCCUAUCAGCUAUAAUACAAAUAUAAAUAAACUACUUCUAUUACAAUUACUUCUUUAAACAUGGAAAUUGUGGGGCUCAUUCUGAUGUUUCUUGGAAUCUCAUUCCAUGCUUUGGCCCCAGAGUGAAAGAAACUUCCCUUUGAGAAUUCCAAAUUUUGCCUUGGGA